CCCCGAGUCAGUGUAGGACACCAGCAAGCACAGCUCACAGGAAAUGAGCCAUUCCCUGCGCUUGCUUACUCGAAAGGCCCGAACCUUCAAAGUUCCAGGAGUGCCAUGGAUGGCUGCACAGGCCGGCAGUCACGCCUUUCUCCCCGCCUGGAGAGGGGAGAAGAAAUGAAACUGAAGGAGUGUGUCUCCAUCCUCCCCCUGAAGGAAAGCCCCUCUGUCCCAGUCUCCAAAGAUGGAACGCUGCUGGCCGUGACCUUGCUGCUGGCCCUGGCGGCCGGCUGCCUCUCGGUGCUGGCCUUCUGCAGGGUGGCUGCCCUUCAGGCCGAGCUGCGGAGCCUCCAGGCGGAGCUGCGGGAACUCCACCGGGCUGAGCAGCUGCCAGGCGCCCCCCAGGCCGGAGCCGCAGCCCCCAGGGCAGCCGUGCGGGAGGCCCCAGCUGUCCCCUCGGCUCUCAAAGGGAUCUCUGCACCACCCGCUGCAGGAGGGGCCAACUCCAGCCAAAGCAGCAGGAACAAGCGCGCUCUUCAGGGUCCAGAAGAAGCAGCCACUCAGGACUGCUUGCAACUCAUUGCGGACAACGACACACCUGCCAUACGGAAAGGCGCUUACACGUUCGUUCCGUGGCUGCUGAGCUUUAAAAGAGGAAGAGCCCUGGAGGAGAAGGAAAACAAAAUCCUGGUGAAGGAAACCGGUUACUUCUUUAUAUAUGGUCAGGUUUUAUACACUGAUAGCACCUUUGCCAUGGGACACCUAAUACAGAGGAAGAAAGUCCAUGUCUUUGGGGAUGAAUUGAGUCUGGUGACUUUGUUCCGAUGUAUUCAAAAUAUGCCUGAAACACUACCCAAUAAUUCCUGUUAUUCGGCCGGCAUCGCGAAGCUGGAAGAGGGAGACGAGCUCCAGCUUGCAAUACCACGGGAGGACGCGAAGAUAUCGCGAGAUGGGGACGGCACGUUUUUUGGUGCGUUGAAGCUUCUGUGACCUACUUACACCUGCGCUGUGGCUGGAUUCCUUCCUUCCUCUGUACCUCUAAGGAGAAGACACUUAACUGGAAAUACCCAAAGGAAGAAAAACAGUAGUUAACUCGCCUUUUCUGGGAGCUACUUAUUUUGAUUCACUGAAACUAGACCAAAACAGGAAAUUUAACAGACAACCACAGCCAAAGGGUGUCAUGUGAAUUACAAGAAACAGGGCCCCUUUAGGGAAAGAAAGAAAGUAGGCUUCUCGCUGCAAUGCCAUGUUGAACGACGUUGUCGUGGCUUCUUGACAUGGAGGGAGCACAGGUUGCCAGGGGGCAAUCGUCAUUUCUUCCAAAAUGACAUUCCAUCAUGUCUGCGGGACAUUAGGACAUUCUUGGGAAAUCUCAGCAUCCAGCCAGAAUCUUUACGUUAAAUAUGCCCCUCUCCUUUUGCAGUUAACAUGGUGAGAAGUAUUUUUUAAAGAAAGAAAGAAAGAAAGAAAGAAAAGAAAGAAAG